AUGUUCAAUUCUGGUAGAUCGAGCUCUGCAGCAGCAGGAAGUGGUAUAGGCGGAAGCUCUUUGUUUGGACAGAGCAAACCAGCUGGCGGUGGGCUAUUUGGCCAACAGAACCAGCAAGGCCAGAGCCAGGGACUUUUUGGCCAGGGAGCACAACAAAAGCCAGCAACUAGCUUUUCUGGGACAAGCGGCGGUCUUUUUGGGCAAAACACACAAAAUACGGGUACAUCAACUGCACCAGCUGGCCAAAACACCCAAAAUAUCGGAGGAACAGGCUUGUUUGGACAGAAUAGCCAAAACAACACUAAUACAGGUCUUUUUGGACAGCAAAGUAACGCACCAGCCGCUUCCAACACCGGCAACACAGGAGGUACUGGACUGUUCGGAGGUCAGAACACCACUACCAACACUUCUGGUGGUUUGUUUGGACAAAAUAACCAAAAUACGAACACCGGUUCUUCCACAGGUGGUCUUUUCGGACAAAACAACACCGUUUCUGGUGGGUUAUCUGGAGGUCUUCUUGGAUCCAAGCCGUCUGGGGGACUUUUCGGCAACAAUACCGCCAGCAACAGUGCCAGUGGUGGACUUUUCGGUAACAGUAACGCUGGACAAAACACCACUGGCGGUCUUUUUGGCAGCAAUAACAAUGCUUCACAAACCACUUCUGGAGGUCUUUUUGGAAGCAGACCUCAAGGUGCUACCUCCCUUUUCAACAACACAAGCUCCAAUAAUGCUCUGCAACCGCAAGGACACGUACAACCGGCUUUACAAUCGCUAUCGCAACUGCCGAUUAAUCCAAUGACACGAGUGGCCGAUCUACCGCCUCAGAUUCGUCAAGAAAUCGAGCAAUUGGACAAUUACAUUCAACGUCAAGUUGCCAUCUCCCAACAUUUAAAGGCCGAUUUCGACGAUCACAUAGAACUUAUCCGCUCCAUUCCGCGCGACAUCAAAUACCUGCAAACCACGCAUUCAGUUACACAGCAGUCUUUGAUGCAGGAUUUGCGCAAAAUAACAGGUAUCAAAGACACGAUAGAUCAAAACAUGACAGACUCCCAAACAUUUUCGACAAUUUUUCAACAGCUAACGACCCCGGGAUCCAAGAUCUCCUCAAUCGAGCUCGACAAGUUUUUCCAGGACAAAAUCCAACAAUACAAACAUAAAUUGGACGAGUAUUUCUACGUACUUUCCGACAUCGAAAGCGCUGUCCAAGGAAUAGAACGCGACAUGUUUGGAGCCACCUCUCCCGACGGUGGCUCCGAAUCUGGUGCCGAUGGUACCAACUGGAAAACCGGCAUCAACGCAAUUGUCUCUACCGUGCUCGAAGAAUUUGAGCUUUUCCUUGACAUGGCCGAACGUGUGGCCGAACUGCAUCAGAAAGUAAAAGAAUUUAACGGGGUGCCCAAGGCAGCGGUGGUUAAAGUGUAA